AUGGCGCGCGUGCUCUGCGCGUGGGCGCUGACGUAUUACGGGUUCUUGUUCAAUCAAUCGUGCGUCGCGCUGGAGGCGCACGCGGAGAUGACGCGGGAGGCGCGGGCGAAGGGGACGGAGGCGCCAAAGUUGUUGGCUGUGAAGUACGGGCGCGUGUCGUGCGCGCGGGUGCUCGUGAGCGCGCGCACGGUGGGGAACUUCAUCGAGCAGUCGUUGGCGCUGAUGCCGGGAUUGUUCGCGCACUUUUACGUCUUCGGAGGACUGCGAGCGAUCCGAGCGGCGUGGCUGUGGCUCGUCGUGCGGUGGUUGUAUCCGGUGGCGUACUCGUACGGUUUGCCCUGGGUCUUCUUCGUCACCGUCCCGAAUUACGCGUGUGUGUUCGGAAUGUACAUCGAAUUGGCGCGCCACGCGAAACUUUUGUAA